GUAUCCAGGGGUCUGUACCCGGCGGCACUGCGGGACGCGGCGGGGCGGGAAAUGUCCGGCCGUCCCCGCCCCGCGCCCUGGGCCCAGCGCCCGGCAAGCCAGGAGUGGGGUCCAUGCCCCCGGUGGGCGUGGACCGGGGAAGACGAUGGCGCCGGCGGCGUCGAAGCUGCGGGCGGAGGCUGGACUAGGGCCGCUCCCGCGGCGGGCACUCUCCCAGUACCUGCGCCUUUUGCGGCUCUACCCAGUACUCACCAAAGCGGCCACCAGUGGCAUUUUGUCAGCACUUGGGAACUUCCUGGCACAGUUGAUUGAGAAGCAGCAGAAAAAAGAAAACUGCUCUCAAAAGCUAGAUGUCAGCGGGCCUCUCAGAUAUGCCAUCUAUGGGUUUUUUUUUACAGGGCCACUGGGUCACUUCUUCUACCUCUUGAUGGAGCGCUGGAUCCCUUCCGAGGUCCCCUUGGCAAGCAUCAAGAGGCUCCUCCUGGACCGCCUUCUCUUCGCACCCGCCUUCCUGUCUUUGUUCUUCCUUGUCAUGAACUUCCUGGAGGGGCAGGACACCGCCGCUUUCGCUGCCAAGAUGAAGAGCGGGUUCUGGCCAGCGCUGCGGAUGAACUGGCGAGUGUGGACACCUGUGCAGUUUAUUAACAUCAACUAUAUCCCUGUGCAGUUCCGGGUGCUUUUUGCAAACUUGGCGGCUCUGUUCUGGUACGCCUACCUGGCCUCUCUGGGGAAGUGAAGAUGACCUGGAGAGGGUGUCAGACAUACUGAUGACUGGGGUGGGCUGAGAGAACAGAAAUAAGCCAGCCGGGCUCUAGAUCAUGAGAUUCAAGAUGACUCGAACAUGAUGGAUGGAGAAACAGAAAUGUCUUAAUGUCAGAAUGGUGUUUUAAAAAGGCAAUCGCUGUCCUCAGGUGGUGCUGCCCUAGAAACUUAAAUAUGGCAGAGAUGAUUUCUCCUGUCACCUUGGAUUGAAUUAGGAUCACAAUAAACUAUAAUGUAGCAUUUUCA